CCCCCAAACUGUCAUGGCGUCCUAGGAAGAUGGCGACUGCCAUUCAGCAGGCUUUCCUGGAGUAUCUAACCAUUUAAAUUCGAGGAAUUGGAGACAUAGCUAGUGACAGGGGGCCAAGUGAACGGUGGACUGUGCCAGGGCCAGCGGUUUUUAGGCCAUCACUCACCCCAACAGAGCUGAUAAAAUGGAGUGUGCAGUUGACACUCAGCCAGGCGGGGACGAGGCAGUAGAGCGAGAGCACACUCUGGAGGAAACGUCUGCAAAGGAAGGAAGUGUGACGCCGCAGAAGAAGAACAAGAAGCACAAAAAACACAAGAGCAAGAAGAAGAAGAAGAAACGUGGCAAGGGAGAGCGAGAGACCAGCUCAGAGUCGGCCCCAGAGUCCGACGUAGAAAAGCCGCCAAUCAGAACCAGAGCAGGCUUGAGGAGUGCUGGCCCAGUGGCCUCUGAUGCAGGAGCAGACACGAAAGAGGAGGCAACAAAGGACUUGAUCACAGAUAAACCUGAGGUAGAAGGUGACGCUAAAGCCAGAAAACACAAAAGACAUGCUGGGAAAAAGAAGAGAAAAAGGAGGAGAAAAGGGGAAGAAAAGCAGGAGAAGAACUCUUCUUCACACUCCCUAUCAGAGAGCGAAUCUAUGUCAGGGACAGAUUCUGAGUCUGAGGGGAAGCCAGCUGGCAUGGUAGUGCAGGCUGUUCCCAUGCCGUCUAAGGCCAGGCAAGUGGAGAGAGUGCCCUCCCUAUGCAAAACUCUGGCCCAAAAAGAGGAAUCUCUGAAAAUGAUGUGUCAACCCUCAGAUGAUGAGUCUGUGGAUGAAGGAGGGAAGGCAGAAGAGAAGGCGCCCCCUGCUAACAGGGAGGACCAAACCGUCUCUGUCAUAAAGGCAGAAGAUCCACGGAGCGAGGGGAGCUUCAGCCACACCCAGGAACUUCCUGACAUCAUCCCCAAGCAGGAUGGCCAGAAGGAGGAAACCAACGCAGGGCAGAGGUCAAAGGUGAAGAACCAGGCUCCCUCCAGGUCAAGGUCACGGUCGCUGACAGACACUAAAACCGCUAGAUCAAGUCUUAGUCGUUCACCAAGCCCCAAGCAGUCCAGAUCAAGCCGCAGUCGUUCACAAAGCCCCACGCGAUUGUCUGGUCAGCCUGUGUCUGGCAGGGGCAGGUCUCGAUCCGGCUCAAAAAGCAUGACUCCCAAGAGGAAGCAGUCCAAGUCCCCCAAAAGGACAAGACGUAAAUCUCCUUUGUCCCCUAGGAGAGGAUGCAAGUCCCCUUCUCUGUCCCCUAGAAGAGGACGCAAGUCUCCUUCUCUGUCCCCCAGAAGAGGACGCAAGUCUCCUUCUCUGUCCCCCAGAAGAGGACGCAAGUCUCCUUCUCUGUCCCCCAGAAGAGGACGCAAGUCUCCUUCUCUGUCCCCCAGAAGAGGACGCAAGUCUCCUUCUCUGUCC